AUCGCGCCGCUCAGUGAGGUUCGAGGCGCCGAAUUCCUCCCAUUUGCAGUCUACAAUCUGGCAGGCAUUCCCGAACAUGAUUCCGAUGGCCUCGUGGCUGUGAUCAACAAGGACAACAUCAUUGGCAACGAACCCCAUGAGAUCUUCCUCGCACAACGCGCUGCCGAAUUGGAGACACAACAGCAGACGCUUAGUGGAAUCGUUGACGUCCACAUCCACUACUGCACAACUCAAGCGGACAAGCUGGAAUACUUUCCGUUCGGUUUCCUGGCAGCGCAUGAUGAAGACUGGAAAGCUAAUGGCGUAUCUCUGGUCUAUGUCGACUUCGAAGAGCCAUACGAAGUUACAGGUUUUCGAAUCUCCAUCGAGAAUGUUGCCAUGGCUGCGAAUACUUUGAGGGACGAUGACAACGGAGCAAAGGAGGUCCGUGACCUCUAUGAGAUGGGUGGGUCACUUUCACCACAGCAAACUACUCGGUACACACUUCAUCUGAUCUCGCCGAUGACUGUAUCAUCGCCCGCAGCUCAGGACAUAAUCUUUGGAGCGCGCAUGGAUGAGGUCACACGGCUGGAACGAGAGCGCCUGAAGCUACCCCCAGUACUUCCGCGCUUUAAACCCGACACGCUGUUGCCAGAAGAUGCUACUGAAUGUGCCGUGACCCAACAACGCAUGCGCAAAUGGCUGGCCGACGAACGCACCAAGUCUCUUGCCAAUCCUGAUGUACCGAACAUCCUGUCUACGGCAAAACAGAUAGUGCCCAAGCCCGAUGUCGAUGCUGUAAUGCAAGUGGUUCAGGAGGCAGGCUAUAAUGACUUUGGCUUCGUUCUGGUACGGUUGGACUACAGCGAUGAGGACGCUUGGACCCGUUGGAAUACAGCUUUCCAGGAGUACUUGGACCGAAGUCUGGAAGAGAGUCAGGGUGGCCAAAGCAUCGCCGACAAGUUGAUGACUAUGAAUGUGGAGGAUGAGGAUCUGAAUGGCACGGGCUGGCACGGCGCGGUGUUCUACUACAAUGACCUUUGCGGGGAUGACAUUGUGCCGCCUGGCCUCCGAACAAACAUGAUUCUUGUUGCCGAUAUAAAGGCUGUUAACUCUCUUCUCCAUCAAACGGCUGAUGUCGAACCUUGGAUUUGGGCUGUUGACGUCCACUUCGAUUGGAAGAUUGGAGAUCAGCCUCCACGAGGUCCGCCACCUGCCAAUCACUACCCCGGAUAUAUGCGCGUUGCCCUGUCGGUUGUCGUGUCUGAAUUCUGGCCACUACUUAAAGGCUCUUGCUUCUUUGUGCGUCAAUUGUGGACCCCAGACCUGGGACUGUGGAGAGGUAUCGGGGUCUGA